UGUUUAUGCUUGCAGGAUGUACAGUAUGAAUCUCUUGAAUCUUUGUAUUGUAUGAAGCAUUUUGUUGCAAGGUUAGUGUAACAGUCUAAAUAUCGCUUCUUCUUGAAAUCUGUAUGAAAUGCUGUGUUUGAUGGAGGAGCAACUUAUGUUUUCACUUCAGAAGGGAAUCACCAUGGAAGUUAGAUGGUGAAUCUAUUGAGUUUCCUCUAAACUAAAGCUGCUUGAACAGGGAUUAUUGAAUUUGGGAAAAAUGGGCAAAAGUGAUGUUUCAAGGGUACCUUCUCUAAUGGGGAAGCAAGCCAGAAGAUACCAAGCUCAUACCGCAAAGAACGAUGAUCUCUGCAGAAGAUUGCAGGCUACUGAUCCAUCCGACCCUACACUCAGUCUAGAGUUUCAAACACAGAGACAGACCGAGUUUUUGCUGGAAGCGUUAUGGCUUCAGCAGCAUGCAUCCGAAACUGGACAGAAGCUAAUGACAUUACAAACCGAAAUCGGGAAGAGUUACAACAACAGGGAUGACGUUGGAAGCCCAGCCAUGGCCAAAGUCGGCAUGAAACGAUCCAUGGGUUCCAUUAGAAACAACUUACAAGAAGACUCUAAGUGCAAAGAAAUCUAG